GUGAAGUGAAAAAGUCGAGAUUCGAGAACAAGAAAAGAAGUUGUUGAAUUGGGGAGGAGAUUUUACAUAUAUAUUUUAAUAUUAAUACAAUUUUUCUUUUGUUUAAAGCUAAAUUUUUCAGUUUCGAAGUUAUAAUGUUAUUAAUGUAAUACACUUAAUAUGAAUUGAAAUUAAUAAUAACAAUAUAAAUAUAAAUAGAGAUAAAAGUGCCAAUACUACCAAUAAUUUGUUACUAUUUAUAAAUUUUAGUAAUCUACGUAGACAAAACUAUUUUUAAUUUUUACCAAUACAAUAAUAAUAUGUUAAAAAUUUAAAUUAUAUAUUUUAAAUUACGGUUUGUAAUAAUGAGGAAUUUAAAGUUAAUUAAGUAAUAAAAAGGUUUGCCUAUAAAAUUUUUUAUCUACGCAACAGGUACAAAACGGGCUAAAUAUGUGCAUAUGUAUGUAAUUGGAUUCCAUGAUUUUAUUCUGGUAGGCACAGUUCUAAAUCUAAAACGUUUCAUACACAACUAAAACAAGAAAUAAAAAAAGACGAAGUAUUAUAAGUGCCUUAAGAAAUUAUUAAUUAAUAUACACUAUAUAUAUAAUUGAAAUACUUCAUCAUGGCUUUGAAUAGUAAGUCUACAGUUAAUAAUAUGAGUAGUAAUUUAGUAUCUGGUGGAAUAAAUUCAGACACAGAUUCAACGAAGACUGGAAAUUUGGUUGUUCGUAUUGAUCAAGAUUCAGAUGACAACUUACAAGCUUUAUUUGAUACAGUUUUAAAACCAGAAAAUUCAAAAAUUCCCUUACAAAAACCUUUACGAAUGAGGAAUUUGCCUAAUUCUUUCUUUAAUCCUCCUUCUGGCUCAAAAACCCCAUCAGUAUCUCAUUCUCGCGCAAACAGUACAGAUUCCGCAUUUAGCACAGGAUCCCAAAACAAUAAUCCACCACAUCCUCCUCUUACACCAAUGCAAAACGUCACACGUCAGGGAUUAGUGAUUAGUCAUUCGAGAGCACACAGUAGUCCAGCUUCAUUACAACAAACCUUUGCAGGAUUAAAUAAUACUAAUAAUAAAAACGUAAAUACGGUAACUUCAAACACAGUACCAGCAAAUGCUUCAACUCAAAGUGCAGUUACAACAAAUUCUGAAAAUUUGCAGCAACAAAUAAAUAUUCCAGUUCAUUCAAAGCAAAGAUCAUAUGAUGUAGUCAGUGUUAUACAGCUACAAAAUGAAUUAGGUGACCUUCCGGAAGGUUGGGAACAAGCAAGAACGCCUGAAGGACAAAUAUAUUAUCUUAACCACAACACAAAAACAACUCAAUGGGAAGACCCCAGAACUCAAAAAAUUCAUCAACCUGCACUUGCUCAAAUUUCUCAAUCAAGUGUUGGAGCUAAAGAGUCUUCAGACACCGAUCUAGGUCCACUUCCUCCAGGUUGGGAAAAGGCUGUUACUUAUUCUGGAGAAACUUAUUUUAUAAAUCAUAAUAAUCGCACGACUUCUUGGUUCGAUCCAAGGAUAACCGAAUUUCUCGGACAAAGAGCGAAUUCUAUAUGCAGAACAGAUACGAACAGCUUAGCUAACAAUUGGGUAAAUAUAAGAAAUUUGGAAAAGGAACGGGAAUAUCUCAAACAAAGGCAACAAGAAAUACAACAUCAGGAUCUUUUGACUCGUCAAAACCAACAAACAAUGGGACUUCAAAUGGAUCCAUUUCUAUCAGCAAUCACAGAUCACACUAGACAAGAAUCAGCAGACAGUGGUCUGAGUUUAACGUCCAAUAACUUUUCAUUAAAUUCUGAUUUUUUGCAAAAUAUAGACGAUAGUAUGGAUUGUCUUAAUGAUAAUGGAAAUUUAGACUCACUUACGGGCUUAGAUGGAGCAGACAAUUUGGUUUCAUCUCUUCAACUUGGAAACAAUUUGAAUAACAUUAGCGAUAUGUUAACCGAUGUUCAGGGUUUGAUGAAUACCACAAAUUCUCCAAAAGGUGAUAAUUUGGAAUGGUAUAAGAUUUGAAUUCAGUAAUCUAGAAAAAAGAACAAUAUAAGUUCAUAUUGAAAACGAUGGACAUCAGAAUACUUUUCAAAAUUUAACGAGCCUGAAAGAACAUUUUCUUAAUUUAUGUUAUUAAAGCCUUAGAUUCUUAUUGCAUAAUAAUGUUUUGAGAGUAAAAAAAGUCUAAAUAUUAUUUACAUAAUACAAAUUAACAAAUUUUAUAUAAACGAAAACUUAUACUUUAAGGAAAAGUUCACUAACAUUUUUUUUAUAAAACUUUUUUAUUGAAUAUAUGUAAUAUGGCAUAUAUUCAGUUAAAAUAAAUUAAAUAUAUGACAUAUAAAUAUAUUCAAAUAAUUCAAAUUAACAUAUAUGAUGCCCUACGGAUAUUUUUUUGAAGUACGAAAUAACUUAUAUAAAUUUAAAAAUAUUGUUUCGCGUUUCGAUAUUUUUCUUUUUCUUACUAUAAUAUACUAAUAGAUAUAUAUUUUUUAAUAAUUACUUAGCAAUUUAAUCAUUUAAGCAUUUCCAAAAAAAAAAUGUUUAAUAGAAAAUUUAAAAUACCUAACAAUAAAGUGCCUUGCUCAUAACUCAAUAUUUUGCGGUGGAAGCAAAAUAAUUUUGUUGGUUAUAUAAAAUAAAAAAUUUUAUUUUAAUAUUGUACAGAAUAUAAUUUCAUUGUUAUAUGUAUAUAACAUAACAAUAGAAAAUUGUGUGCUGCACAAUAUUUUAGUAAUAAAUUUUAGGAUCGUUAUGAAAGAUUUGAAGAAACUAAAUAAAAUGCAAAAAUUUUAUUAUAUAUGUAAAAUUAUAUUAUCAUUUCAAAAAGUAUUUGUUACGUAUAUAAAAUAAAAAAAAAAAAAUAUUGUACAAAUUUCAAAGUAACAAAAAUCAAAACUAUUAAUUUUAUUCAUUUUUAGUGUAAUUACUUUUCUGUUAUUAGUAUACGCGAUUGUCUUUAUAAAAAAGAUACAUUACAAAAAUAUAAAUUAGUUGAAAAUUAAAAAAAAAAAGCAUUUAAAAAUCAAAGCUGGAAAUGCCGACUCUUUGCUCUGAAUAAAAAUAAAAUGGGGCAGUUUGCUCAAAAUUUAGUUCCAUUUUUAGAAAAUAAAUUUUAUAUGUCUUAUAUGUUUCACGUAUAAAAUUUAUGUGACAUUAGUAAAAAAAAAAAUUCAUAAUUUUUAUAAAACAAAAAAAAAACUAUUACUUUUAUUAAAAUUUUCAUUAGACUUUAAGUAGUUAAAAAAACAAUAACCAUGAGAACCAAGAAACGAAAAUGUAUAUCAUAUACACGUAAGAAUAUAUGCAUAAAAAUUAAAUAAUUAUAUGCAUAUAAUAUUAUAUACAUAUAAAUGUAAUUUAUACAUAAAAUUUUUGUGUUCAAACAUAUCAUUAAAAUUAAAAGUGCAUCAAUUAGAGCAGCAAUAAAAUCUUAUUAGUAUUAAAAUUGUACCGUGUCGUUUAAAAUAAAAGUUAUGCUCUUAUACGAAAGUUAAUCAAAUGCCUGUAAAGAUUUUUUAAUAAAACAUUACACAAUAUACACAUAUUUACAAAUAACUUCAUUUAAUAUAAUGAUAAUAAUAAUUAAAAAAAAAAAAUGAUCUUAUAAUUAAAUACUAACAUUUUUAAGGUUCUGGAUCAAUCCUUUUAAUAUAAUUAUUACAUUUUUUUUUUGUUAGAUUUACGUAUAAGAUUUACACACUCUUUGAAAUGAUAUGAGAAGUUAUUUUAGUUAUUUCAUUCGCACAUUUACAAUUCUAUUAUUUUAAUUAAAAUUCAAUUUUAGAAUAAGUAUAAAUCAUAAUUCCUUGUAAAAAAGAAAGAAAAGAAUCUUAUUGAAUUUGAAAAUAAUUACAAUUAUUUAAAAUAAACUGAAUAUAAGAGAAACUAAGUGAUUCAUAACUGUUGCUAAUUAAUCAAGUUCUCGAUGAAGCUAUAAGGAGCCGAAUUUCAUAUAUUUUCCUUUAAAUUCCUUUUAAAAAAUCACAUAGUACAUAUAUCGAGUUUUGAUAAUUUUAUGAACUAAUAAUGUUUAAAAAAUUAUUUUUGCAAUAAUAAUAAUUGUUAUAUCGUUACAAUUUGUAAGAAAGCAAUUACACUGAAGUUACUCACAAAGAAUUUUAAAUUCUUAGAAAUUAAUUAAGAAUGACGUAACAUUUCUUCCUACAUAUUUAUAAAUGACUUAUGUAAUUCAUAUAUUUAUAAAUUUAGGAUUUAGGGGUUAAAUAUUUUAAUUAUCUUACAGAAAUUUAUGUAAUAUCCCCAAUUGUUUUCAUCUUAAUACAAAAAAAAAACGCUGAUAACCAACUGCGAUUAUUAUUUUUUUUUUUUUGGUUUUUAACACCAAAUAGUUUAAAUUAAAAAAAAAUUUCAAUAGGAUAAUUUUUUUCAAAAUUAUGAUUGUAUUUUUAUAAAACUGAGAUGGGAACUAACUAGGUUAAUAGCAUAGAAAAAAUUUCUAGUUAAUCAAGUCCAUAUUUCAUAUACUUAGAUUUUAUUUACUUUCAAAUUUAAUAUUAGAAUCAUUUACAGGAAAAUUUAAUAUCAUUAUAUUAGUAUAUAAUAUAAAUACUCUAAUUUACAUAUUUUUACAUACAUACAUAUUAGUGAAAAUCAAAUAAAUUUUAUUACUUGUGCCUUAAACUUAAAGUGCCUUUGUAAUUUUAAAAGUAUGCACGUACAUACAUACAUAAAUGUUAAUAUACAUGUUAUAUUAUAUAUACAUACAUAUAUAUGCAUAUUAAAUAUUAUUAUAUAAAAUAUAAUAUAAUUUUAAAAUUAAUAGAUAUAAAUCUGCAAUUAAAAAUCAUUUUAGAAUAUAAGUGGUAUUAUACAAAAUAAUUGUUAAGCUUUUUAUUUUGCGUUUUUUUUUUUUAUUAAUUCUUUAACUAAAAAUAAACAUUGUUAUAAAAAUUUAAUUACUUUUUUACAAAAUUACAAAAUUCACAAUUCAUUUGUGCACGUACUGGUCAGAUUAUUUGUUCACAAACUUGUUAAAAAGAUUGAGUGAGAUUCAAAAUGUAUAAAAAGUUUACCUGAAAAUCAUUUCUAUACAAUUUAGUUCAAGUUUACAGAAUUGAAAUUUUUAGAGAAAACAUUUUACACAUUUUGCAUAUAACGGAAUACAGGAAGGGUCUUUAAUAACUUAUAAUUAUCACAAAUUUAUUAAAGAAAAUUAACACAUAAAUGAUUUGCACAAGAAGCUUUACAAAGAUUUCUUUGUGAUGCUUCAGAAUUUAUGAGUAUUCACCCUUCCUGACGAACAUGAGGUUAAACGUAUGAACAUCUCACGUAUGAAAUUUAUUAAGUAUGAGAGCAAGAUGCAAUAAAUAAUUUUUUACAAAUCAUAUUUAAUUUUAUCGACGUUUUUGUUUAUUUUUUUUCAUUGGCAGCUAAAAUAAAUUUUGAAAUAUUAAUUAUGAAUUACUUAAUAUUAUUAUUUAAUUUGGAUUACAUAUUGUAAAUGCUUAUUGGCAAAUUAGCAGUGCAACUUUUUGGCUAAUUAAUUUAAAAUAAUUUUAUUAAAAUAUUAAAAUUUUUUGAGUAAACCUCACACACACACACAUCAUGCAUGCCACAAUUCUGAUGAUAGCGAAUAAAUACAAAUUUUUUUUUGGAACUUCUGUUGAAUUUAAUGAUAAUAUUUUAGAAAAGAAAUUAUGUUAUUAAAAAUAAUUUUGUAAGUUUUUAUAAAAUAAAAUUAAAAAAAAAACGAAUUGAAUUUUUCAUAACAAACAUAUUCGUUAUUACAUACAUACAUAUACAUAAUAUUGUAUUUGAAGAAAUUUUUUAUCAGAAAUAAAUAAUUAUAAGA